AUGCACUCGUUUGUGUGCUCGUUUGUGUGCUCGUUUGUGUGCUCGUUUGUGUGCUCGUUUGUGUGUGCUGUUUACCUUCAGCUCCCUCCCUCAGCCUCUCUCUGCAAGUUCCGGUACGAGCAGCAGAAGAAGAAGCGCGAGCAGCAGAAGAAGGCUGCUGCCAGCCGCCAGGAGCUCAAGGAACUCAAGAUGCGGUACAACAUUGACACGGGGGACUACAACGUGCGCCUCAAGCAGGCGCUCAAAUUCCUGCACGAUGGCGAUAAGGUGAAGCUGACGGCGCAGUUCAGAGGGCGCGAGAUGGAGUUCAAGGAGCUGGGGGUGAAGCUCUUUGAGAAGUUCCAACACGACGUCGCUGAGCUGGCGAUCGUGGAGUCGAAGGCGCAUCUGGAGGGGCGGUCGAUGCACAUGGUGCUGGCGCCCAACAAGGCCGUGCUGCAGCGCAUGGCUGCCGCCGAGGAAAAGAGCCGGCGGGCGGCGGAAAGGAGCAAGCGUGCCGAGACGCGUGGAGUGGUGUCUGGGAGUGAGAGUGACGGGGGGGAGAGUGGGGGGGAGAGUGAUGGGGAGAGCGAUGGGGAGGAGGUGGUGGAGGUUGUGAAAGAGAAAAGUGGGCGGCAAUAG